GUGAAUAUGUCUUAUCUACACGUAUCCGAGUAAGUCGCUGCAUCAAAGACUUACUAUUUCCUAUACUCUUGGGAAAAGAAGAUCGUAUUAAAGUAGAGAAGACCAUCGUGGAGGCUCUUAAGACACUUCCAGGCGAACUUGCAGGGAUCUAUCAUCCACUUUCCGAAAUGAAUGAAGGAACUUUACGUCACGUCAUUAACGAUCACCCAUUCCUGCGUGAAUUCUCUUGUUGCAAGGAUUGGAAAUUGGGCCGUGGUGUCUUCCAGAAUGGAGAAAAGACUUUUUUAGUUUGGAUCUGUGAAGAGGAUCACAUUCGCAUUAUUUCAUUGCAGAAGAAUGGAAAUUUGCCUGUAGUUUAUAGACGGCUGAUUCAAGUUAGUUUAGGAGGCUAA